AUGCUUCGAAGCCAAUCCUCAGCAAAGACAUUCCUCCGUUCUCUUGGCGUGGUUCAAAACAAAUCCUUGUCAUCCUUGUUGAUGAUGAGAGCUGGUUCAACAUCAUCAUCGUGUUAUUCUACAGGACCUACGUUCAAGUACGAGGAUUUAUUCCAAGUUGGAGAGGAUGAAACCGAAUACCGAUUAAUUACUAAAGAUUACGUUUCAUCUCUUAAAGUGAGAGAUGAAAAGACUGGAGAGACUAGAGAAAUUUUGAAGGUAGAUCCACAAGGAUUAACCGCAAUUACUCAGGCUGCCAUUUCCGAUAUUCAAUACUUGUUGCGCCCAUCUCACUUGAAACAACUUUCAAACAUUUUGAAGGAUCCUGAAGCUUCCGACAAUGAUCGUUUUGUUGCCAAGACUCUUUUGAAGAAUGCUGUGAUUGCUUCUGGAAGAAAGCUUCCUGGUUGCCAAGAUACUGGUACUGCAAUUGUUAUGGGCAAGAAGGGACAAUAUGUUUGGACCGAUGGACAGGAUGAAAAGCACAUCUCUGAAGGAGUAUUCAAGACAUAUACUCAGCAAUAUUUACGUUAUUCACAAGUCGCACCACUCACCAUGUAUGAGGAGAAGAAUACUGGUUGCAACUUGCCUGCACAAAUCGACUUGUUUGCCACCGAUGGUGACGAGUACAAGUUCUUGUUUAUUGCAAAGGGAGGUGGUAGUGCUAACAAGACCUACUUGUAUCAACAAACUAAGGCAUUGUUGAAUCCAAAUUCAUUGAUGAAGUUUUUGGAGGAAAAAAUUAAAUCAAUCGGUACCUCUGCUUGUCCACCAUACCACUUGGCAAUUGUUAUUGGAGGUUUGAGUGCAGAACUUACUUUGAAGACUGUGAAAUUGGCAAGUACCAAAUACUAUGAUGAAUUGCCAACAACAGGAAGCCCAGGAGGUAGAGCAUUCCGUGAUGUUGAAUUGGAGAAGGAAAUUUUGAAGCUCACUCAAAAGAUGGGUAUUGGAGCUCAAUUUGGAGGAAAAUAUUUCUGUCACGAUGUCAGAGUGAUCCGUUUACCACGUCAUGGUGCCUCUUGCCCAGUGGGUAUUGGUGUUUCCUGUUCUGCUGACAGACAAGUGAAGGGUAAAAUUACUAAGGAUGGAAUCUUUUUGGAACAAUUAGAAACUGACCCAGCUCAAUAUCUCCCAGAGGUUGAAGAAAAGGAUUUGAGCGAACAUGUGGUAGAAAUUGAUUUGAACAGACCAAUGAAAGAAAUUUUGAGCAUUCUCUCCAAAUAUCCAAUCAAGACUCGUCUCUCAUUGAGUGGUCCACUCAUUGUGGCUCGUGACAUUGCUCAUGCCAAAUUGAAGGAGCGUCUUGACCGAGGUGAAGGUUUACCUGAUUACAUUAAGAAUCACAUUAUUUAUUAUGCUGGUCCUGCUAAGACUCCAGAAGGUUAUGCUUCAGGUUCUUUCGGACCAACAACUGCAGGUAGAAUGGACUCCUAUGUUGAUUUAUUCCAACAAAAUGGUGGAAGUUUGAUCACACUUGCUAAGGGUAACAGAAGUCGUGAGGUGACACAAGCUUGUUCCAAGUAUGGAGGAUUUUAUUUAGGCUCGAUUGGUGGUCCAGCUGCAAUUUUGGCUGCUAAUAACAUCAAGAAGGUUGAAGUUUUGGAAUAUCCAGAGUUAGGAAUGGAGGCAAUUUGGAAGAUUGAAGUCAAGGACUUCCCUGCUUUCAUUGUGGUUGACGAUAAAGGAAACGACUUUUUCAAGGAAUUGCAAUAA